AUGGAUUGCUUCAAGAUCCUCCCACACUCCUUCAUCAGACGCCACAUCACGCUCAAGAAAUCCUCCUCUCCACAACAAGAAAAAGAUGUCGCAAUACCAUCACCAACACCAUCUUUGAGACAAAGAACAGUAUCACCAUCAAGACCAAGAAUCACAGCUUCUAGUAUACCACAAUGGACAUGGACAAAUGCUCACUGCAAAGCCUGGAUCUACGAAGUUUGCGUCGUUCAACUUCGAUAUACCUCACAAAACGCAGAAGCAAUAUGCAACAAAUUCACGGGCUUCGGAACAACAUUAUACACAAUGGACAGAACGGAUUGGGAAGCACUGCUGGGCCUGUAUAAUGGCAUGGGAAUAUACAGUAUUAUAUUGUCUCUCAAACAUCAUGCAGAUGCUGUAAUGGAAGGUAUAUAUAUGCCAUUGGAUAAUGGAAAUAAUAAUAAUGGCAACGGGAUUGGAAAGGAGGAGACGAAAUCGAGAAGAAGAUCGUGGAGGAAGAAUGUCUAA